GUGGCCCUUUUAAGAGAGGCCCCGCCCACGCGAAGGGGUUGGGUUAGGGGCGGAGUCAGGAGGUGGGGAAGGAACAAAGCCCGGCCUGCGGGCCGCCGCUGGGCUCGGCUGGUAGGGCCCCGGGAGUGCGGGGCCUGCGGGCGGCAGCCCAGGCAGAACAUUGGAGAGAAAGGCUCCAUCGUCGCCCGGGCUGGCCAAGUCAUGAAUGGGCUGCCCCCGGCUGAAGCGCCGGGCGGCGCGGGCUGCGCCCUGGCCGGACUCCCGCCGCUACCGCGCGGCCUCAGCGGUCUCCUUAACGCGAGCGGGGGCUCGUGGCGGGAGCUGGAGCGCAUCUACAGCCAGCGCAACCGUAUCCACGAUGAGCUGAGCCGUGCGGCCCGCGUCCCUGAAGGGCUCCAUGGAGCCACAGGCUCCGCCAACGCCGGAUCUGCAGCCGGUCCUCUCGGGCCGCGUCGCCCUGUCAACCUCGACUCGGCAUUAGCCGCGCUGCGUAAGGAGAUGGUGGGGUUGCGGCAGCUGGACAUGUCCCUGUUGUGCCAGCUGUGGGGCCUGUACGAGUCAAUCCAGGACUACAAGCACCUGUGCCAAGACCUGAGCCUGUGCCAGGACCUGUCGUCCUCACUGCACUCAGACAGCUCCUACCCUCCAGAUGCCGGCCUGUCUGAUGACGAGGACCCUCCUGAUGCCAGCCUGCCCCCGGACCCGCCACCCCUCACUGUGCCCCAGACUCACAAUGCCCGUGACCAGUGGCUACAAGACGCCUUCCAUAUCAACCUCUGAAGAACGGGGGAUGGGUGGGAGGUGUGUACCCGUGCAAAAGGCUCAGAAACUCACCCCUCAGCAAGUGCACAGAGUAGAGUGCCUGCUUCCCCCCAUACCACCUCACCCACAGGAGGGCGAGGCCUGGGCUGCGCAGAGGCACCACUGCCAACCCCCUCUCCUGUCUCGGGUUUGCUGGCACUAGGGCAGACACCUGGGCUACAGCCUUUGCCCAUGGCACUGGACCCCCCAUCUUGGCUAACCUUUAAGCUGGCAGUGGGGCCUGAAGCAUCUUGCAUUCCCCUUGGCGUCUCGGAUUGGGAUGGGUGCUUGGCUUCCAUCUCCUUUUCACCUUUUGCUGCUCUUGGCAGCUGCUGGCUCAGGGGCAUCCUGCUUCUGGUCCUUGGGUCCCAUUCCCCUAGACAAGGGCUCCAGGACCCAUUCUUGCACCCACCCGCAGCUGAGAGGGCCAAGGCUCUGCGCUGGAUAUUUAAGUUUAGGAGCCAGCCUUUUGGGCACAUAGAUAAAUAAACACCCUCAGCGUGCCAGUGUA